CGGCGAAGAUGGAGGAGGAGGCGGGGGGGCGGCGGGGCGCGCGCCGGGCGGCACCGGGGGGACCCCAGGGCUCCCGGGCGGCGCGGGCACAGUCCCGGUGCCCCGGCCGGCGCUGACGGACACGCGCCUCUGCGAGCCCCCCCGGCACCCGCGGGCCACCAUGGACCCCCAGAGCGACACAGAGGGGGGGUCCGGCCGUGAGCCCCCGCUGGAGCUGCUGCCCCGUGUCCCCCUGCACGCUGCCUUGCCCGCCCCAGGGCCGGAGGGGCCGGAGGGGCCGGGGCCCGAGGCGGGGGUGGACGCGGGGCUGGCGGCGGCGCGGGAGCAGCAGCUGCAGCGGGAGCUGGUGGCCCUGAAGCAGCAGCAGCAGCUCCAGAAGCAGCUGCUCUUCGCCGAGUUCCAGAAGCAGCACGAGCACCUCACCCGCCAGCACCAGGUCCAGCUCCAGAAGCACCUCAAGCAGCAGCAGGAGGCCCUGGCAGCGCGGCGGCAGCAGGAGCUGGAGCAGCAGCGGCAGCGGGAGCGGCAGGAGCUGGAGCAGCAGCGCCUGGAGCAGCUCCAGAGCCUGCGCCCCAAGGAGCGGGGCCGUGACAGUGCCAUCGCCAGCACGGAGGUGAAGCUGAAGCUCCAGGAAUUCCUGCUCAGCAAGACGAAGGAGCCGGGCCCUGGCCCCCCCAACCAUUCCCUCCCCCAGCACCCCAAAUGUUGGGCUCACCACACCUCGUUGGACCAGAGUUCCCCCCCCCAGACCGGCAGCCCGGGGACCCCCCCGUCCUACAAGCUCCCCCUCCUCGGCACCUACGACGGCCGGGACGAUUUCCCGCUCCGCAAAACCGCGUCCGAGCCCAACCUGAAGGUGCGCUCGCGGCUGAAGCAGAAGGUGGCGGAGCGGAGGAGCAGCCCCCUCCUGCGGCGCCGCGACGGCUCCGUGCUCAGCGCCUUCCGCAAGCGCCACGUGGAGAUCACCGUGUCAUCGGUCUGCAGCAGCGCCCCCGGGUCGGGGCCCAGCUCCCCCAACAGCUCCCACGGUGCCCACAAUGGCCUGGCCGCCUCUGUCCCCAACAUCCACAGCGAGCAGCUCCUGCCCCAGCCCCGCGCCCUGGCCCUGGACGGGGCCCAGCUCAGCCUCUACACGUCCCCAUCGCUGCCCAACCUCUCCCUGGGGCUGCAGGCCACUGUCACCGUCACCAGUGCCCACCUCCCCGUGUCCCCCAAGCUGUCGCCGCAGGCGGAGGGCGAGCGGCCGGGGGUGCCCCCGGGGGUGUCCCCGCUGCGCCCCGGGGCCGCCCUCACCGGGAAGUUCCUGAGCACGUCCUCGAUCCCGGGCUGCCUGCUGGGGGUGGCCCUGGAUGGGGGGGAUGCCCCGGCCGGGUCCCCAUCCCUGCUGCAGCACGUGCUGCUGCUGGAGCAGGCGCGGCAGCAGAGCACCCUCAUUGCUGUGCCCCUGCACGGGCAGUCCCCGCUGGUGGCGGCGGAGCGGGCCGGGGCUCCCCGCGGCGGGGGCAGCAAGCUGCCGCGGCACCGGCCCCUGAGCCGCACGCAGUCCUCGCCGCUGCCGCAGAGCCCCCAGGCGCUGCCCCACGGGCCCCUCCAGCAGCACUUCCUGGACAAGCAGCAGCUCCAGCUGGCUAAGCUGCUCCCCAAGGGGGCGGAGCUGGCCCGGCAGCCCCCCACCCACCCCGAGGAGACGGAGGAGGAGCUGACGGAGCAGCAGUCGCCCCCCCCGGGGGAGAGGGGCCCCCCCGGCCCCCCCCUCGGCCCCCCCAUUGCCCUGGUGUCCCCAGAGGCCGGGGACCCCCCGGAGCAGCCCCAGGACCCCGAGGGCUGCCAGGAGCCAGGGGACAGCGGGGACGAGGCCGAGGCCCCUGGGGACCCCGACGUCACAGAGCUGGGGGUCACCUACAAGCAGGUGUACCCCGAGGCGCCGCUGCAGCUCUUCCCCGCGCCCCCCCUGGGGGUCCUGGCUCUGCCCACGCCGCCCUCAGCCCGCACGCAAUCGUCCCCGGCCAGCGUCAAACCCCCCCAGCCCGAGGGGCCCCCCAAGCACCUCUUCACCACAGCUGUGCCGUGCCAGGUGUGGGUGUACGACACGUUCAUGCUGAAGCACCAGUGCACCUGUGGGAACACCACCAUCCACCCCGAGCACGCCGGCCGCAUCCAGAGCAUCUGGUCCCGGCUGCAGGAGACGGGGCUGCUGGGCAAGUGUGAGCGGAUCCGGGGCAGGAAGGCGACGCUGGAGGAGAUCCAGACGGUGCACUCGGAGCACCACGCGCUGCUCUACGGCACCAGCCCCCUGAACCGCCAGAAACUGGACAGCAAAAAGCUGCUGGGUCCCAUCACUCCGAAGACGUACGCGGUGCUGCCGUGCGGGGGCAUCGGGGUGGACAGUGACACGGUGUGGAACGAGCUGCACUCGUCCAGCGCGGUGCGCACGGCCGUGGGCUGCCUGCUCGAGCUGGCCUUCAAGGUGGCCGCAGGGGAAGUCAAGAAUGGCUUCGCUGUCAUCCGCCCCCCAGGCCACCACGCCGAGGAGUCCACGGCCAUGGGCUUUUGCUUCUUCAACUCCGUGGCCAUCUCGGCCAAGCUGCUGCAGCAGCGGCUCAGCGUGGGCAGGAUCCUCAUCGUGGACUGGGACAUCCACCACGGCAACGGGACCCAGCAGGCCUUCUACAGCGACCCGCACGUGCUCUACAUCUCCCUGCACCGCUACGACGACGGCAACUUCUUCCCGGGCAGCGGGGCCCCCGAGGAGGUGGGCAGCGGGCUGGGCGUGGGCUACAACAUCAACAUCGCCUGGACCGGCGGCGUGGACCCCCCGAUCGGGGACGUGGAGUACCUGACAGCCUUCAGGACGGUGGUGAUGCCCAUUGCCAAGGAGUUCUCCCCGGACCUGGUGCUGGUCUCCGCCGGCUUCGACGCCGUCGAGGGCCACCUGUCCCCUCUCGGUGGCUACUCCGUCACCGCCAAGUGUUUCGGGCACCUGACCAAGCAGCUGAUGAUGCUGGCCGGGGGCCGGGUGGUGCUGGCGCUGGAGGGGGGACAUGACCUGACGGCCAUUUGCGACGCCUCCGAGGCCUGUGUCACUGCCCUGCUCGGCCUCGAGCUGGAGCCCCUGGACCCGGCCCUGCUGCAGCAGAAGCCCAACGUGAACGCAGUGGCCACGCUGGAGAAGGUCAUCGAGAUCCAGAGCCGGCACUGGGGCUCUGUCCGGCGCUUUGCCGCCGCCGUGGGCCGGUCCCUGCUGGAGGCGCAGCGUGGGGACACCGAGGAGGCCGAGACGGUGACAGCCAUGGCCCUGCUGUCCGUGGGGGCUGAGCACGGCAGGACGGAGCCACAGGCCAGGCCAGCAGAGGAGCCCAUGGAGGCUGAGCCCACGCUCUGACCCACCCGGAUCAUCCAGCAAACCAAGGAACACCUGGAAAAGAUGAAAAACACACACACAAAAAAAAAAAAAAAUCACAGUAAAAGGAAAAAAAAAUCCAAAACACACAGACAAAAAAAAACACUAAAAAAAAAAAAGACAAAAAAAAAAAAAGGCAGAAAUCGAAAGGAAAACCAGAAAAAAAAAAGAGGAAAAUAUUUUCUUUUUCUAUUAAAAAGAGGAGAAAAACACAAAAAAAUCCCCCCGCCCGUCCUGUGCCCCCGGCUCCCCGCGGUGUUUGCGGUCGUGUCUCUUGUGCAGCAGCAGUUCCACCAGCACCCCCUGUCCCCCCCAUGUCCCCCCUUGUCCCCCCGUGUCCCCUGUGUCCAUCGGGUCCCCCCCGGCGCUGCCCGGACCCUCCCGGGGCUCCUCGAGAUUUUUUUUAGGGUUUUUUCCUUAUUUUCCCCUAUUUUUGUGUCUCCCCCCCUCGUUCCCUCCCUGGCUCCGUCCGCCCCCCCCGGGGGAGGCAAUGGGAAAUAUUCGUGCCUUUAAUUAAGUAUUUUUUUUUAAUGCCUUAAUUUCCCUUCAUUUUGGGUUUUUCUUAAUUUUCUUGGGUUUUUUUUUUGUUUUCCCUUCGGCCUCCCCGUUUUGGAUGGGGACAGGAGACAAAGGGACGAGCCCUGUCCCCAACCCCCCCCUCUGUCACUUUGUCACCCCGGCGCCUUUGUUGGGAUCAAAUUUAUCUUUAUAGGAGAGGGAAAAACAAAAAAAAAAAAAAAAAAAAAAAAGGAGAGAAAAAGAAAAAAAAAAAAAAAGAGGAAAAACCACUUUAUUUUCCUGUUUUGUCACCAGCCGGAGGGGCCUCGGAGCGAUUUUAGCUUUAAAAGAGAGAAAACCACCCCCCCAAAAAAAAAGGGAUAUAAUUUUAUUACAGAUGGAUUAUUUAAUAGUAUUUUUUUAAUGGGGGGGCGGAGGGGGCGACUGGGACAGGGACAGCGCGUCGUGGGUUAAAUUAUUCCGGGGGUGGGCGGGAAUUUGGGGUGGUCCCAAAUUAGGACAGGGGGCUAAGGGUGUCCUUGUCACCUCCCCUGGGGGGGAAGGACCCGGUUGAGGGUGAGGAAAGAAGGGGGGGGAAUCCUGGGUGUCCCCAACUGUGGGGACACCCCGAGUGUGGUGGGAUCCCCGUCCCAUCCCGGGAGACGAAAACGCCUCUGGAUUUGUGGGGAGGGGAUCAGGGUCUCCGGCCCCCCCUGGAUUGCUUUGGGCUGGUGUCCCCCCCCCCCUGCCCCGCCGUGUGUCCCCUGUGUCCCCCGGUCCGUCCGUCCGUCCGUCCGUCCCCGCUCACGCUCGCUCUGGGUCUCGGUUCAGUAUUUUGUAAGAUGUCACCGAUGUUCGUCCUUGUAUAAAUAAACUGUUUCUGGCAAUA